AAUGCAAAUGAGGAAAGGUAACCGUGAAAUCCUAAUUAAAAGCUUAAGUGAAAAGGUGAGUCUUCAGUAAAGUUUUAAAUUUGAGGUUGUACGUAAGUUCUCUUGUGUCAUCUGAUUGGCUCGUCAGUAACUGACAUCAUUUGCUGAGCUAUAUUUUACACUCAUGUGACUGUGAAUGCUGGUAAAUAAACGGCUACUUAUGAAAUCAAGCGUUGCAAAUUAUUUGGAGAAAACAGUCAUGUUUCCACAUGGCAUAACCCCCUCCUCCACACACACACACCCGGAUAACCAAAAAUAAAACAUCAAAAGUUCUUUGAGAGCUAUGUGACUCAGCAGGUUAAAAUCAACAACUAUCACUCCGUAUUAGGAAGCCUCGACUUGAAUCUAUUGUUUAAACUCUCGUCACUCUGAACGUGACUUGUAAUGACGUGACACCCACAAAUAUCCCACGGCAGAUCUGAUUACGAUAUAUAUUCUUGUAAACCAGCUGAGAAACCAGAUGAUUGAAGUUAAGAUAUUUAUUGAUGACAGCACUUUCAGCAUCAGAGAUGGAACACUUUGAUAAUGACGCUGUUGUUGAUGUGUCCACGAGCAUUCAAGAGCACCCCUCCCUUAGUGAGGACUUUGAUGACGCAUCACGUGAAAGGGUCUUCACGGUAUCUGAAAGAACGCUGCUCAUUGCACUCGAACCCGGUCGCGCUUCCGUGUGGAAGGCGACACUCAACAUCAUCAACUUCAUUGAAGGUGUUGGUUUCUUAGCUCUCCCGUUUGCUGUCGCUAAAGGUGGAAUAGCAGCGGUUGGAGCUUUUAUUAUCAUGCCUAUUAUCUACUGGUUCACGGCCAGAGUGCUGGUCGAAUGUCUGUACAAUAGACACCGUGUCCAUGGUAACGUACGUGUGCGUUCUUCGUGGAAUGAAAUCGGACAAGCCAUUUGGCCUCGCUUUGGUGGAACUAUGGUAGCUGUGGUACAGUGCUUUGAUCUGACCGUUAUCGCGACUUCAUAUCUUAUCGUGUGCGGCUCGCUGAUGAAAUCCGCUUUCCCGUCAGUACCCCUGACAGCAGCACUGUGGACGUGCAUUGCGGUCGCUGUGGUUCUUCCAUCGACAUUUUUGAAGUCGCUGUCUCAAAUUGCUUGGCUGAGCGUCAUUGGAAUUUCAGCUUUACUGGGGACUGCCGCGGUUAUUCUGUGGUACGGGGCCACUCACCACUCACAGUGGGAUCUCAAGAGUCUCUUGUUCUGGGACACACAGGGGUUUCUUAUUUCCCUGGGGAUCAUCAUGUUCAGUUACGGCUCGGCCCCUAUUGUGCCCUCUGUUGAAGAAAGCAUGGCUGACAGAUCUAAAUUUGGACGAGCUUUAGCACUUGCUUAUAUCGCUGCAGUCUUGUUCAAGCUGACCUUUUCGAUUUUCGGUUUUCUUUCAUUCUCUUUUGCCACGGAUGAAAUUGUUAUUAACAAUCUUCCUAACAAUCUGCCCCAUAUUAUUGUCAGCGUAGUGUUUGUCGUAAGUUGUCUUUUUUCAUAUGCACUACCACUCCUUGCAGUUUUUCAGUGCAUCGAAGAUUCCAACACUUAUUUUUUACUGCAGACGAAAGUACGAUUGCCGAGAUUCGUCUGUUUUGCUGGGCUUCGAGUUUUGUUUGUUUCUGUUACCCUUUUAGCAGCAGCCUUCAUUCCGCAUUUUGGUUUUUUGACGUCGUUUUUCGGUAACUUGUCGCUGCCGUUAUUCAACUGCAUUCUGCCUUGUGCGGCUCAUUUGUUUCUCAGAAAAAAGGAUUUAAGCUGCUGGCAGAAAGCUCUGGAUUACAUUAUGAUUUUGUUUGGUGUCCUGGUGUCGAUUUUUGGAACGUUCGUUUCAGCCAAAGCAUUGUAUGAAGUACUAAACCAAUGAACAUCAAAGCCGAACUCAUGGAGUUUCCUGGCUUUGAGUAAGAAACAGUUUUAGAAAAGAGACGCGAAUUUUGAAUUUUAACACACUGAUGCUAUGUAUAUAGAAGAGAGAAGAUAACUAAUAAAUUUAAAGCGUUUCUCUUUUUUCUA